AUGGGCGGCGCCCAGACAGGCGGCCCGAGAUGGGCCGCCGUCUUGCUCAUACUGAGCGCUCUGCUGCAGGUUGCGGGCCAGGAGGCGGCGGAUGGCACUGUUUCACCCCUCCUGGAGGACAGGAUUGUGGCGGCGGCGCUGGCCGCGUCCAGCGGGACGUCCAGCUGCCCGCGUGUCGCGCUCUUCUUCUCCCUCACCCUGCUGGGCGUCAAGCGCAAGCAGGACUUCACGCCAACCGUGAAGAUAGCUUACAAGCAGACCCUGGCCCGCAUGGCACCAGGCGCCACCAUCAUCCCCGUCGCCAUUGAUGCCGAGGACCUGGGGCAGGCGAUACACACGGUGGCGCUGUUCCCCGGCGCGGUGCCGGCGGGCGUGGUGGCGGCGCAGCAGCUGGCUGCCAAGCUGCGCGCCGGUGGGCUGAACGCACACUUUGACCAGCGCAAGUUUGGGCGGGUGCAUCCCGAGGUCAUUUCGGAGCCCUACCUGGCUGAUAGCACGGGCGACACCAUCCCGUCGCUGCCAGGCAGCCACCCUGCCGGCAUGAUCUCAGUGGCGUGGUACGACCUGCGCCCCGACCAGGUCACAGCCGGGAAGCGGCAGGCAUAUGUGGCGGCCAUCCAGAAGCUGCUGCCGGGCUCGGUUGUGACCUACAAGACGCACAUCGAUGACGGCGACUGGACGGGCGCUGGCGGAAAUGCCGCGCUGGAGAAGCUCAGCAUGGACACGGUCAUUAGCAAUGCCUCGCCCGCGGCGCUGGCGAAAGCCCUGAACACAAUCAGAACCCGUCCGGCCAGCUUUGGCCAGAUGGCCCCUGAGGACGGCUAUGCAGUGCGCUGGGUCCCAGACAGCGAUUUUGUGUCGCCCUGUGAUGUGCGCACCGCGCUGAAGCUGACGGGCAUUCUGGCUUUCAUGCCCAACUGCGACCGCCAGACAACCACGGCGUACCUGGCGGCCAUCAAGGCCAGCCUUCCCAGCGACGUGGCAACCACUGUGGUCAGCGCCACUCGUGUUUCAAGUGGCUGCCAGGUGGUCACCUCCAGCUCCUACCCCGACAGCCGGCACACCCCGGCGCUGACUUUGGCUCGUCGCCUGGUCCCCACGCCGUACCCCCUUGGCGGCAAGACGUUUGGCAGCGGCAGCAGCUACCCCGCCUUCCUGGUGGAGGGCGACGUCAGCACGGGCAAGCAGCAUGACGUAGUGACCUCAAAGUUUGUGCUGCUCACCUCUGCCACCGCCACCGGGCCCACCACCGGCAAGGGCUCAGCGGCCCCCAUCCCAGGCAACUCGUUUGUCAAGUACGAGUUCAAGCUGCAGCCUGCCAAGUGCCUAUUAUAG